AUGCCCCUUCCCGUGCCAGCCUCCGCGGCAGCAGCAGCAGCAGCAGCAGCAGCAGCAGCAGCAGCAAGAAGGCGGGGAGUCCACGGCGGCAGCAGCAGCAAGAAGGCGGGGAGUGGUAGCAGCUAUAUCCAAGGACAGGCGGGGGGCGCUGCCACGGCGGCUGCAGCAGCAAAAAGGCGAGGAGUGGUAGCAGCUAUAUCAAAAGACAGGCGGGGGGCGCUGGUGCGCGCUAAGCGGAUGAGGCGGGGGGAGGGGAUUGCCUUGGGGGAAGGGUUGGGGGGGUUGGAGGGGGGGAUGGAGGUGGAGGGGAGGGAGGGGGAGGGCGAGGAGGAGGAGGAGAGGAGGCGGGUGGAGGAGGAGGGGCGAGUGGAAGAGGCGCCCAUGCCCAUUCCCAUCUUCCCACUCGCAGCGCCGCCAGAGGGCGCGCAGCAUGAGAGCGUGGCUCUAGGGACGACUCCCAAGUCAUCUCGCAAGUCGACUUCACGGGCCAGAGCAGGCAGGCCAGCGGUGCAGCACGAGAAGGUGGUGGCGCUCAAGCGAUUGUGCCUUCCCCGACCCACCACCGCAAGAGCGGGCGGGACAGCAGUGCAGCAGGAGAGGGUGGAGGCGCUCAAGGCGCUGCGCCAGCUGCUCUCGGCCAAUUACAGCCAGCCACUUGGCGCUGCCGUGCGCUGCGGCGCUGUGCCUCUGCUGGCGGAGUGCCUGGCGUUUGGAGCCCCGGAGGAGCAGCUCCUGGAGGCAGCGUGGUGUGUGACCAACAUAGCAUCGGGGGAGGCGGAGGAGACACGUGCCGUGCUGCCCUGUGCUGCUCUGCUCAUCGCCCACUGCACUGACUCCCCGUCGCCAGCGAUAGCGGAGCAGUGUGUGUGGGCGGUGGGCAACAUAGCAGCAGAGGCAGACGACCUGCGAGCACACCUGCUGGACCAAGGCGCUCUGCCCGCCCUCACUCGCCUGCUGCUCGCCGCUGCUACUACUGCUACUGGGGGCAACACGGGGGCCCGCUGGCUGACAGCGCAGGCACCAUCUGCCAUGGCAUCACUGGCUAAGACAGUGGCGUGGGCGCUUUCCUCUCUCAUCAAGGGCCCCAGCCCCCGCGCAGCCGUUAAUCUGGUGAAAUCCGACGGUGUGGAUGCAGCGAUUGUGGCCCUUCUAUCAUCAGGCAACGCAGAGGCAGCAGUGGAGGCAGCGUGGGUGGCAGCAUACGUGACAGCGCUGUCAGACACGAGCACAGAGAGGCUCGUUGCUGCCGGGCUGGUAGAGGCGCUCGUGCCUCUGCUCUCCGCCACCACUGACGUCGCCUUGCUCACUCCCGUGGUGCGGGCGAUAGGCAACCUGACAGCAGGAGACUCCAGCAGAACCUCCCGCCUUCUGACAGCUGGCACGCCCUUUCAAGCCCAACCCAUUCCCGUCCCGGCCCCUUCGGGCGUGGUGGCAGCAGCAGCGGCGGGGCCAGGGCUGUGUGGACUGGCGGAGUGCCUUGAGAACAAACACCAUGGGCUGAAGAAGGAGACAGCGUGGGCGGUGUCCAACGUGACAGCUGGCGACAGCUGGCACAAGGCGGCUGUGAUUGGUGGAGACACAGGGGGGAUGGGAGAAGCAGGCAAGGCGUCGAGGCUAUACGAGCUGCUCGUGCACUUGCUCCGCACGGCACCCUUCGACAUCAAGAGAGAGGUCGCCUUUGCUCUCGCGAAUCUCUGUGUGGAUCCGGCGGAGCAAGAGCCAAUGGGGGAGCGCCACGUGGCGGUCCAGCAGUCGCGCGUGGCAGCACUAGUGGACGCGGGGUGCCUGCCGCCCUUCCUCUCCCUCAUCCGCUCAGCAGAUGCUGACGCUGUGCGGCUGGGUCUGCAGUUCACUGAAGUGGUGAGGAGGGGUGUGGGAAGGUAUGGGGUGGUGAGAAGGUGCACGGUGGUGGGGAAGGGUGUGGAAAGGUGCGCGGUGGUAAGAGUGCUGCUGUGGCUGGUGCCGCUGCACCUGGGGGUGCCUGCCGCCCGUCCUCUCCCUCAUCCGCUCCGCUGA